AUGGCUGCGAUAAAGGCCGUAAACUCCAAGGCUGAGGUGGCGCGGGCGCAGGCGGCCUUGGCUAUCAAUGUAUGCGCCGCCCGAGGGCUGCAGGAUGUGCUGCGGACCAACUUGGGUCCUAAGGGCACCAUGAAAAUGCUUGUUUCUGGUGCAGGUGACAUCAAACUCACCAAAGAUGGCAAUGUGCUGCUCCAUGAGAUGCAAAUUCAACAUCCAACAGCUUCUUUGAUAGCCAAAGUAGUAACAGCUCAGGAUGAUGUCACAGGAGAUGGUACUACUUCAAAUGUUCUAAUUAUUGGAGAGUUACUAAAACAAGCUGAUCUUUACAUUUCUGAGGGUCUGCACCCUAGAAUAAUAGCUGAAGGAUUUGAAGCUGCAAAGAUAAAAGCACUUGAAGUUUUGGAGAAAGUUAAAGUAAAAAAGGAGAUGAAUAGAAAAAUGCUCUUAGAUGUGGCUCGAACAUCUCUACAAACUAAGGUUCAUGCUGAACUGGCUGAUUUGUUAACAGAGGCUGUUGUGGAUUCUGUUUUGGCAAUUAGAAGACCAGGUUACCCUAUUGAUCUCUUCAUGGUAGAAAUCGUGCAGAUGAAGCAUAAGUCAGAAACAGAUACAAAGUAA